AUGUCCGCUUUCUCAUUUACUGACCUGAGAUUUCCUAUCUGGAAAGCCAAACGAGACUCGCAAGCACCAGUAUCGAAAGAUGCCCUGUUUCCACUACUGCCAACGAGGAAGACACAGCUCCAUCUGCCACCGACGAGCAGAGCGCCGAAAAGGUGCACUCUUCCACAGCGUACAAUUGUCAAAGUCAAGUCAUCACGCACAUGCUAUUCCAGGACAGACCAUGGCUACUCACGGCCAAGACAGCCAAUCCACUGCGCCGAGCGAUCGCCCCACCGUGCAGAACAACAGUCUCUUGGACACACUCCCAUGGAACAGAAAAUCGACAAGAGGAUGGCUGCGUACUCCAACAAGUUCAGUGCACCUGGCAUUAUAUCGGAUCUUACAGACGUUGACACAGAUUCUACUCUGGACUUCCUACCAUCCAAAGAGCACGCAACGCUGAAAGCAUGGAUGCCUUGCUUGACAUCAUCGAGUAAAAGUAACGACUCUAACGAGUCCACACAAAAUCAGGCUCCUUAUAUAUGUGGAAGAGAGCGAAGGCAACGAUGGGUGAUCUAUCAUCAUCGCUUUUCCACAAGAUCUUCUGUCUGCUUUUUUCCGUCGUUGCUAUAUAGGCAGGAGCAAGGCAAGGAAAACAAAGGGCAAAGGCAAGGCAUCGGAAAAGGGAAGAGAGAGCCCUGGAGGAAAACGGAAGACCGCGGACAGCCAACGACACCAGCAAUCGAAGCCGUUCGGAACAGCGUCUGGUGUUAUGACGGUCCCCAAGCUCAGGAGAAAAGAAAGCCACAAGUGCCGGCACCGAUGCUCGGGUAUCUCCAGACCUGGUGGACGCAUAUGACCUCUCACUUUGACAUUCCUGGCAGGCUUGAAGAAGCUUCUCAAAACAAGUUCACACGGCUCUGGGCAAGUUCGAUCAUUACAGACCCUAGAACCGGAGACAUGUCACCGCCCAAAUCAGACUCUAGAGGCAAGACUGAGAGAAAGUCAUUGCUUGCAUCCGCAACAUCAGCUGUUGAUGAUUUGAUUUCCAACCUCAACUCGAAACAACUUUUCAUAGUUGAACUCGCCCUACCCAUCCAGUUCGUCGUAAUCGUCCCGGAUCGCUGUCCAGGGACCAUCACCAGCGACCAGGGCCAAAGCACUUCUCAAGCUCUGCCAAUGUCACUCGAAGUAGGGGCAGAAGAGCUUGCUUCGGCUGUUCUCAGAAACAACAACCCCAUGCUUGCCGUCCCGUCUGAGCCCGUGCCAAGUGCAAAGGCAGCUAGAAAGCUCAUGUCAUCCUAA